CAAUUUGACCGUCACUUUUUUUUUUUCCAAGAACGUCACUUCCGUCUUCCUCUUUGGCGUCCAUCUUGGACUCCGCAUGUGUCUGCUGUUAGCUUACAGAUGAAAGAAGCAAUAAUGAAUCAAGAGAAAUUGGCUAAGCUGCAGGCGCAGGUCCGCAUCGGGGGAAAGGGCAGCGCUCGGCGAAAGAAGAAGGUGGUGCACAGGACGGCCACGGCGGACGACAAGAAGCUGCAGUUCUCGCUGAAGAAGCUCGGCGUCAACAACAUCUCCGGCAUCGAGGAGGUGAACAUGUUCACCAACCAGGGCACGGUGAUCCACUUCAACAACCCCAAAGUGCAGGCGUCUCUGGCCGCCAACACCUUCACCGUCACGGGCCACGCCGAGACCAAGCAGCUCACCGAGAUGCUGCCCGGCAUCCUCAAUCAGCUCGGAGCCGACAGCCUCACCAGCCUCAGGAGGCUCGCCGAGGCCCUGCCCAAGCAAGAUGGCAAAGCGCCCAUCGCCACCGUCGAAGAAGAAGAUGACGACGACGUGCCAGAUCUGGUGGAGAACUUUGACGAGGCGUCCAAGGACGAAGCAAACUAGAGGACCAAGCGGGAACAAAACGGGGACCUCGGGGUCGGACACGGGGGAGGGCCUCCGAAUCUUGGUGCUUGUUAGCUUCCGUGCGUUGCCCCCAACUCUCCACACCAGGUUCAGUCCCACCCAAUGAUUGUAUAAUAUUUUUCCUCUGUGUUACUGAAUCUUGUUCAUAUGUGGCCUCGUUAAAAAAAAAAAAAAAAAGCAAG